AAUAACAUAAUCGGACCAUGCGUACAUAAUCCGGCUGUCCCGGUUGUAAACGGGCCGUUUUCGCAAUCUGGGCAGAACAGCAGCGCGAGACCCAUAGAAAAUGGAAGAUCUCGAACUUGAUGCUGAUGGACAGCAAAACAGUGGAGCACCGCAAGCUGUCAGAAAGUCCAUCUCUUUAAACUUAACCAAAAAAACAAAGCUAAAAACUAAAUCUUCUGUGAAAUCCAGCAAAUCAAGAAAAGAUAGAAGGGACCGUGGUGAUGGUGAAGAUAUUGAAAGUAAGAGUUCAAGACGUAGUAAGUCAUCUUCAGAAAAGCGGAAAGAUACCACUGAUGAAGACGAUAGAGAGGAUGAGGAACUUGACUGGUCACACAAGGUGUUAUUAGUUGGUGAGAAGGUACAAAACCCGAUGAUUCACAUCUGUGAAAUUUGCACAUUACCCAUUCUGAUCUAUGGGAGACUUAGUCCUUGUAAACAUGUUUUUUGUUUAUCUUGUGCAGAAGAGUCAAACGGCGCAUGCUCCAGAUGUGAUGAUCGCAUCGAUCGUAUUGAACCUGCGGGUAUCGGUCAAAUCUUCGUUUGUUCUUUUGGUGGAAGCCGUAAUGGUGUAUCUGGAUGCCGAAGAAGUUAUCUUUCUCAACGUGAUCUCAUUGCGCAUAUAAAACACAGGCACGAAAAGGAAGGAUCCAGUAUACCCGAUUCGGAACUGAUGCGGCAACAGGGUGUUGUUCGCAUGCCUUUUCUUAAUGCUCCACCCGGUAUGAUCGUCCAACCUGGUAUAAACAUGCAAAACCCAGCACAAUCAACAGGACUUGGAAAUGCUGUUGUUUUGACUGGUUUGCAACCGGGUACGCAGCAGCCUAUUGUUGUCGACCCUAACCGCGUGCCUUUACUAAUGGGUGCACAGGCGCAGUUUUCAUCUCUACCACAAGGUAUAACACUCACUCAACCUCAGUUCCAAGGUGCUGCAUAUCUUCCACAUUCUCAAAAUCAAUUUCAAACUAUUCCGACCCAAAUUUCGACCGGACUUCAGAGCGCUCAAGCUAACGCGCCAAGACAAGCUGAUUUGCAAUCGUCAGCUAUGACAAGGGUCACUGCACCUCAGCAAGGUAUUUCUAUUCGCUCGCAAGCUGAUUGGAGGAACAAUGCAAUACCAACGGGACAGGAUUGGUCCAAUCAAGGACGGUCUGGAAAUUAUCAACAGUCAUAUUAUAAAUAGUUUGUUCUGUUUUAUUCACUUGACAUUUUUGUAGAUUUUAACCAGGCGAGUGAGUUAGUUUAUAAAAACUACUCUUUACGUGCGUAAGCAUCAUUUUUACACAAGCUUAAUUCCAUCUAUGGUCUGUGAAAAUUGUGUAAGACAUUACAAUAGCAACAAUGUAUAUUAUAAAUUAAAGAAGCAAAAUUUCUUGUUC